AUGGCCGCGUCUGACGUCAUCGCGCAAGAUGGCGGCCACGGACACGUCAAACUGCAUCCCUACCUCGUCACACUAGUGCGCUGGUGUGUGUCGUGUGUGUGGAGCUCGGCCAGUGUGCUGCUACACCGGUUGCUAACUGCACCACUCCCUCAACUGCCCGGCAUCGGGCCGCAGCCUAGUACUGGGGCGCAGCCCGCGGCCGGGCCCCGCGUGCGGCGCGCCGGCACCGACCACCUACACCCCGAGCCGCGCGUCGAGUGCGUCGAGCUCCAUGCGCCGCCACCACAUGCGCACCAACUCGAUGUCAUAUUUGUGCAUGGACUGUACGGGUCUCUAGGUAACACAUGGCGGCAGGGCGAGUGGCGAACUAAGUACAAGUUGGACCCCACCAGGGUCCCGCUCCGCAACCACGAGGCGGCCCCGUGCGCGUGCACGCACAGCGCGCAGCACGGCGCACCGCACAGCUCACAGCUCGCUGCGUACGAGAGCAAGCUGCACGAGCUGUACAAGGAGGCGAUGCGCGGCGACCACUACGAGGCGCAGGCCAAGUUCGUCACACAACUGUACCACAGUGACUGCAAGCCAGAGUGCCACUGCACCGGUACCUGUACAUGUAGCGCCCCCGCCGCGCCCAGCGAGUGCAAGUGCGCCGGGGGCGCGGGGGGCGCGGGGGCGCGGCGCUGCCAAGCAGGCUGCGGCUGUGUAUGUGACGCGUGCUACUCGCUGUGCUGGCCGCGCGACUGGAUCAAGGAGGACUUCCCGGGGGCGCGCGUCAUCUCCGUCAACUACACCAGCGACCCUUAUCUGUGGCGCCCUCUGUGGGUUAAGGGGAAUAAGAGGCUGAGGCUACACGAGCGCGCGGAGCAGAUGACGCAGCAGUUGCUGGCGCUGGGCGUGGGCCGGCGGCCCGUCGUGUGGGUCGGACACUCCAAGGGGGGACUGUUCAUCAAGCAGAUAUACUGCGACGCGUAUGAAGCUCACGUGAAGGUGAGCGGAGUGAAGGAGGCGGCCCGACGAGACGUCAUCAACAACAACAACACAGAGGCGGGGCCCGACACACAGUGCUGCCAGCACGCGGGGUCCCUGCUCGAUAACUACCGGCGGGGCCCGGCCGCGGGGGACGGCCGGGGCCCGCGCGACACACUGCGCAGUGUCAGCCACAUGACGGCGCUGCGACACAACCACAACUCGGGUGAGCUCGAUGUAGUGGAUGUUCCGGGUGUCCCACACCCACUCGACGACAACUGCAACCCGCCGCCCGCUGUGGACAGCUCGCAGUGUGGCGACCUCACUACAGGGGGCGCGGGGGGAGACCAGGCGGAGAGCAUUGUGGAACUGGCUCCGAGUGAUGAAGAGGUGCGCGGGCGGCUGUGGUCGUCGUCGUGCGCGUUCAUGUUCUACUCGGUGCCGCACCGCGGGUCGUCGCUGGCCGACAUCAAGGCGCCGCUCACUGCGCGCAGCGUCGAGCUCAUGGAGAUCGCGGCGGACUGCCAGCUGCUGCGGACGCUGCAGGCGCGGUGGUUGGAGGCCACCAGCAGCACUAGCUCCGUCCCGCGGCCCCGCGUGCACAGUCUGGUCGAGACAUGUCGCACGCUGAUGUCAGUGCUGUGGCUGCGCAUCGUUAGUACCGAGUCCGCGGACGCCGGCGUGGGGUCACUGCUGGGCGUGGGCGUGGACCACCGCGAGAUCUGCAAGCCCAGCAGUCGAGCGUGUCCGCUGUACACAGAGCUCACGCAACUCAUUCGCGCCGCGCUACACAACUGCCACUGUCGCUAG